CGCGGCCCGCCCCGCCCGCUACCGCCGGCAGCCUCCUGCCGCCGCCCGGCCCCGGGUGCUUCCUGUUGCCGCCGCGGGAGCGGAGCCAGGCGGUGCUGCCGCCGCCGCAGGAGAGUAUGGACAAGCUAACUGGUGACAAGCUGCCCCAGUUUUAAGGAGCUCUGAAUGUAUGCUACUACACUUAAGACCAGGAUAACAUUCGUCAGUCCCUUCUGAUGGAGGACUCACUAUCCCAAAAGAGGAAUAGAGGAUCUCUUCUGUCCUGCAUUGAGCUGUACUGUUACAAAUUGGAAAUACAGCUCCUUUAAAAAUCACACUGGUCUUACAGUGGAGCAGUAAGAAAAGGAGUCCCAUGCUUUGAAUGCAGGAAGGUCAGAAUAACUGACAGAAUCUAGAAGGAGGCGACACAUUCACCAAAUAUGGAAGACGAUACCAAACCUCUCUUGGUUCCUGUGGGAGGUGAUGAAAGCAAUUAUGGAAUCAUGAACAUACAGUUUAAUCCAGAAGAUUUUAAGUGCAAAAGACCAUUUCAUGUGGAACCUACAAACAUAGUCAGUGUCAACGAUGACAUUCAAAGAGUCACUGAUGAAGCUUCAGCAAUGAAUAAGCGGAUUCAUUACUAUAGCAGGCUCACGUCUCCUUCAGACAGGGCAUUGAUUGCUCCUGAUCAUGUACUUCCAGCUCCUGAUGAAAUCUACGUGUACAGUCCAUUAGGAACUGCUUUUAAAGUUGACAGUUGCACAGAUGGCUAUGGUAAAAACUCCAGUAUAGUGACAAUAUUUAUGAUAUGGAAUACGAUGAUGGGUACAUCUAUAUUAAGUAUCCCUUGGGGAAUAAAACAGGCAGGCUUUACUUCUGGAAUCAUUCUCAUCUUACUCAUGGGCAUUUUGACUCUUUAUUGCUGCUACAGAGUUGUGAAAUCACGGAAAAUGAUACCUUUAAUAGAUACCUCAAAUUGGGAAUUCCCAGAUGUUUGCAAGUAUUACUUUGGAUCCUUUGGUCAAUGGUCAAGCCUCUUAUUUUCUAUGGUAUCGCUUGUUGGAGCCAUGGUUGUUUAUUGGGUGCUUAUGUCCAACUUUCUGUUCAACACAGGAAAGUUUAUAUACAACUUUGUUCAUGACAUUAAUGUAACAGAUAUCGUUCCUGGCACGAAUGGAAGUAACAAAGUCAUUUGUCCAAGUGCUGCUAGUGGUCACCCACCACAGAACAGGAGUGUGAUGUUCUCUUCUGGCAACGAUACAGGUUUUGAACUCUUCGAGGAGUGGUGGAAUAAAUCAAAAACAGUACCAUUUUACCUGAUUGCUGUUCUUCUACCCCUGCUAAAUCUGAAAUCUCCAUCCUUCUUUGCAAAAUUUAAUGUCCUGGGUACAGUUUCGGUUGUCUACUUAGUUUUUCUGGUUACUGUAAAGGCUGCUCAUCUGGGAAUCCACUUAGAGUACAACUGGUUUACAGAGAAUGGCUUUUUUGUACCAGAGUUUAGAAUUCUGUUCCCUCAGCUCACAGGGGUUCUUACACUUGCCUUCUUCAUCCACAAUUGUGUCAUCACGCUUCUUCAAAAUAACAGGAAUCAAGAAAACAAUGUGAGAGACCUCUCUAUUGCAUACUUCCUGGUGGGAUUAACGUAUCUGUAUGUUGGAGUGAUAAUUUUUGCAUCUUUUCCUUCUCCACCACUAUCCAAAGAAUGCAUUGAACAGAAUUUUCUAGAUAACUUUCCCAGCGAUGACAUCAUGUCAUUUGUUGCAAGAAUAUUCCUGCUCUUCCAGAUGAUGACUGUGUACCCACUGUUGGGCUACCUGGCACGAGUACAGCUGUUAAGACAGUUUUUUGGAAAUGCUUACCCAAGCGUUUUCCACGUGCUGGUCCUGAACAUAGCAAUUGUUGGAGCUGGAGUGGCAAUGGCGAGAUUUUAUCCGAAUAUAGGAGGUAUCAUAAGAUACUCUGGAGCAACUUGUGGUCUGGCCUUUGUAUUCGUGUAUCCAUCCCUCAUCUACGUGAUCUCCCAGCAUCGUGCUGGGCAGCUGACGUGGCCAGCAUUGAUCAUUCACAUCUUUAUAAUCCUCCUUGGACUGGCUAAUCUGAUUGCACAAUUCCUAUUGUGAAAACUCCCCCUUCUCUCUGUGGCUGUCACAAGUGGUACUCUGAUAUUUGGCAACAGCCUUGAGCAACACUGUCACGCGUGAGAAUGAACAGUCCUCAAUAUGAUCUUCUUGAGAAAAGCUGCACCUUUGAAACAAAUUCAAACCACAUCUUUCAGGAGCUUGACAGGGAACCCAUUUUGCUCCUCUAAAAACACAAUUUUAUGAGAAGUGAAAAAGUUCAGAUUUGAGUAAGAUAGUUCUUCUGGUUUUGUUGAACCUACAUCAAAGAUUAACAAAGUUCAGAUAUUUUGAUUUUUUACAGCACACAUCUCAAAACACACAACUUUCAGCCUCAGGCCGUGGAACUCCUCUCCAAAGGAACUGACCUUACCUUUAUUAACAAACACGCUUUCACAAUAUUGUUCAAUGACUGUUUGAAAUGCUUUUUUGUUGCAGUUAUUUCCCUGUUUUAUUUGGAAAAUGAAGAAAUUAUUGUCUUUUGUUUGGGUUUUUUUUUAGGUUAAUUUAUAGUCAUUUGGGUCAAAAUGCAUUCUUAAUUUUGAAUAUGCUAUUAAAUUGUUUUGGCAAUAUUUUUCCUCUAGGAAAUUCCAACUAAGAGAAACAAUAACCUCAUGUCUCAGUGUUUUGUUCAGAACCAAUAUGUACACAAGUUAUUUGUGAUCUUACAAUGAAAAAAGUCAGGAGGACAGAAAAAAAUUAGAACAAGACAAUUAAAAUUAGAAUUCCAGGCUUGACCUCACUUCAACUCUGGUAACUGGGCUAUUAUGUGUUGUGGAGCUGUCUUGUCAGGAGUUGCAUGUGGUUUUGUGGAUGCAUGUUGGACACAAAUGUUCAUCACAGGCUCGCUCCCUCCCUUGUAGGGUCGGACUCUAGUGGUCUCUCACUACGCUUGUCCACUGCAUUACUCUAGACAUUUUAGAUGUGAGCAGGCACACAAAGCUGGCACUCUUCAAAAUUGUGGACUUAAUGAACUAAGUUAAGUUUCGGAUAAUUCCAAACAGAAGCUGGAAGAAUCUGGGAAGAGUUUUAUUGUGGGUUUUUUUUUUUUAACUUAUUGUUUAGUAACUUAAGAGGGUUUACAUGUGUAAGCACACAGACACCUUCCCUCACCUACUGUGAGUCCGAGUCUUAACCCAAAACAUGCAGUAAUUAAGUUGCCAGGCACUGGUGGAAUGUCAUCUUUUGUGGUUGGAGAGGGAGUAAAAACUUCUCUUUGUACAGAAUUUCAGUGCAUUAAAAUAAUCAACAAAUGUAGAAUAAUUGAAAGAGGACUCUGAGCAAUGCUAAAUUCCAAAGUAAGUAAAAGAGGAAAAAAGUUGGGAGUGAUGCAGUAUUUGUGAAUUAGGAGUUGAGUUGGGAAAAAUAAUUGCAUUGCAGGGUAAGAGUUUGUGUUUUCAUUAGAAAGACAAUGAAAAGCAUAACCUAGAUAAUCUACCAUGCUUCUCUGGCAAAUGAUGCGAAUUUUUGUAGUAAAGAAAUAAAUCCAUUUGUUUGAGUUAGGCUCUUCAAACUGUGUAAAGGACACUGACUUGCAUAAGUGUUCGUUCAUUUGUAUGAAAUACAGGAUCAUAUGGAUUUGGAAUAUUAUCUGCAGGAUAGAACAAUUAUUUUAGAUUCUCACUUUUUUUCUUGUGAAACUUUUUGUGCCUUUAAAUCAGAAUUGGAGAAUACAUCCAUCAUCUGUUCUGUCUUAGAGAGAAGUAUUUGCCCCAUCCUGGUAAUUUUCCCCAUGUAUACUCUUACCUUCCACUGCUUGGUUUCCUUAUUCUCUAGGGCACAUCUGUCCACCCUUUUCACCGCCUAACACGGAGCCUAUCUUGCAGCGCUGACACCACUAGCACUGGCCAACGCACCUGCUUUUUUGGGACUGGGUCUGACAUCUCCCAUAAAAUACUACUUUGGAUGUCUAAGUAGUCAUCACUGCAUGUAACUUGAUGGCUGCAUUCUCAGUGGUGUAUUUGACCAGUUAAACCCGGCUUUUUGUUUUGUUUUGUUUUUACUUUCCAACAAACUUCCUUCUAACAAAUUUUACGAAUUUACAGUUCCACAACUUUAGCAUGUUGCUAAACCCUCCACAGCUAUUUGAUACAGAAGAGGAGUACUUGAACACCAAAAGGAAAGGACAAAAGAUGCAGGCUGUCAAGCAUCAUUGACUCAUUCACAUUAAGCUCUUGUGCUUACUUAUUGUAGGUUCAGUGCUUAAUUUAGGUGCAAACCCUGAUGAGUGCAGGUACUUCAAUUUUAUUAUGUCCUUCCAUGUUCCAUCUGGAUAUGAUUCCAUGAGUUAAAUCCUUGUCGUUGAAGCAGAUAGUAAAAUGCCCACUGAUUUUAGCAGAAUUAAAUUCCAUUUGGAUCUAGUAGUUCAACAGAAACUCCCAAGAAAGACAAAGUUCACGGUGAAGUGUCUUAAUUACAUCUUCUGUCUGUUUGUCUCCUUUCCAGUUGUGCAAUGUAGAAUGAUCUGAGUUAAUAUUUAGAAGGAAAUUAUUCUGUACAUUUCCAAAAGCCUGGUUUAGCUGUGGGUUACAGAGAGAGGUUCUUGCUGCACUGUUUGUUUUUACAGGCCUUUAACAGGCUUGUUUGGAAUCAUAAACUGAUAAGUAUUAAAGUGAUACCACAUAUUUCAUUGCACUACAUUUUCUUAUGAGAAAGUUUUAUUCUACUGCAUGCAGUUGAGAUAUUCACAAGUGUCAGAAGUAAGUUAGGAGUGUGUAAGUAGAGUGGCAUUUUCAGGGGUUUCUUUCUUUGUCAACAGACAACAUCCUGAGUUAAGUAGUAUUUUAAAAUGUAACAGCAACUUAAAUGGUCUAUAAGACCAGAAGUAGAUUGCAGAGUCUCUUUUCAUGCAAGCACAAAAUGUAGUUCUCCACAAAUGCGCACUUCGUCUUGCUUGCUCAUGCGACCUGCAGUAAUAGCCAGCUAAUUCCAAUUCCUUAUGGUCUCUGUUACAGCAAAUCAUCAUGUGAUUUAGCAGAGCAGAAAAAGUAAUAUAUGGAUCUAGUAGUAUAUUGUGAAAUGUAAUUUAUUACCUUCUCAUAGAAGAAAAAUAAUUUCUGCUGAAAAUAUUGAAUUCUGCCUUUACAUUUGAGCAUUGCUGGAGUAAGCUGUGAGGUGAAAUACUGUCAGCUCUGGGCAUUGAGUAAGAGCCUAAAGUUUACUUCAUAACAGUACCAGGCUCUUUGUUUGGCACCAUCCCUACCUCAUUGCAGUCUGAAAAUCCAUCCCUCUAUAUUAUGUGGCAACUCUGUCACGCAGACUGGAGUUUCCAUUAAACUGGAGUUUUCGUUACAUGAGGCUCAAGCAGCUGUAGUCAUCUGUGCUGAUACCAUCAAGCUAAAACCCAGAUCUCAAGAUACGUAAGGCGUUAACCCAGCAUGACCUUUAGACAUUGCCAAAGCGUCAGUAGCCAGGGAAAUUCCCAGGAAGCUCCAAGAGCAGUUGUGGACAUGCCUGCGUGGUGAAGUUGUGGAUGUGUCUGUGGGUGAUUACACACAGGCCGAGCACCAAGACUGAGGGAUUAGUUUUUCAAUGGGAGCUUUGUGAUGAUCAGAAACUGUACUUUCUAAGGACAAGGACAGAUGAUGGGGCUUUUAUGUCUGUCUUCUGCCAUGAGGAGAGAAGAAUUACCUUCUCCAUAUCUAUGCUCGUGCUAACCUCAUUGCCUUCUCUGUAACGGCCUAGCAUCAUGUGUUCCAGUUUCUUAAUGUCAUUGUGGCCUAGAUUCUUCCUUUCAGCUUCUAGCAGUCUUCAAAACGUCUCCUGUGCUUCUUAGCUCUCCGUUUCCCCUUGCUCUUUCAGUCACUCACAGCUGCAUCCAUUUCUACAAAUCAGUUUUUCCUGUUCUGUCUGGUUUAAUAACGUAGUGUUAAUGUAUUAAGUCCUUUAGCUCAAAUGAUAUGCACAGUAAAAAUGAACAUUCAGGAUUCAAAGGUAUCAUUUAAACAGAGGGGCUCAGGGAGGACAUUUCAUGUAACAUUUCCUUUUUUCUUAAAAGUUCAGCCUUUCUAACUCCAGGUACAAACAAUUUGUGAAGACACUGACGUUUGGUUCCAAUGCUGAAGACUUUGUCAGAUUGACAGUUUGCCUGCCCAAGCUCCAGACUUCCCCCUCCUCCACCAAGUUCCUGCACAACAGCUGGCUUUUGAUUACAUGAUCACGUAACUUUUUCCAUAGGGUGUCAUCUUGAGAGUGCGAAGGUUGCAAGAGCAAUCACUUCCCUAUCGCUGCUCAGACCUGGCAUCUCCUAACUUUGAGUGAUGGACUUUGGGCAGACGUUAAUUAACACGCACAAGAAUGUGCAGUUAGCCCUAAGGUUGCUUAAAACUCCUUCGUGGACAGUGUCUGUGAAUGUCCCUGCAGCGGAAAGCUGGGAGGCAGCGACAGUGUCACUGAAUGCUGGAGCUGCUGUGGGAGGGAGGAGAGACUUCCCGGAGUAGCCGAGACAGUCGAGUCUUUGAUACAGUCAGCCCUCUGGGAAGGCCCAGGGACUCUGGUGUACGUACAGCCAGACCGAUGCCACGAUGGCCGUGUUCUGCAGCAAAGUGAUGGUAAGGGAGGUGAGAGAUAUGGUAGCCUCUGGAAAGCAUAUGUUUUAUUUUCAGGAUGUUUUGCUCCAGAGGACAGCUGCACUGAACAUCUGUCAAGGUUGUAAUGGAUAUGAAGGCACCCGAGGAAGAAUAAUAAUGGGAAAAGGAUUAGUGCCUGGUAAUAGCUGGCACCAGCUGUACCAGCAAAACAGUGUCUCUCUCACCUUCAGUCAGAAGCAGAAAUUCAUUUCCGUGGGCCGUUCAUUAAAUCUGGGGGCUGUCUUCAGCAGUGAAAAAGCUACUUUAGGAGAACUCCUGGAAACUUCCUAAUAGGAAGUAAAAUAUCAAUGAUAUGCAAAGCACUGAUAUAUUUCUUAUAGCUCAUUGUACCAUGCAUGAUGGCGGAGUACAGUAUAAGCUUUUCCCUCUGAAUUGGUAUUCUGUGAGGUUGGAGUCAUGAUCAGCAUAUUUUAUUUCUUCUGCAGUUGAGAAUACCAUUAAAGUUCUCUUGGAAAGUAACAGUACUCAACUUGCCAAAUCUACUUCUCACUCCUGCAAUUUUGAUGGUGGAACCGGUGCUACAUAACUGUUUCUCUGUGGUUUGUAUUUCCAAACACUAAGUGAUCUGAGCAGGGCAGGAAGAGUCUCUUUCUUUUUUUUCAAAUUUACCUAAUUAUGGUUUUUCCCAUAUACCUCCUUUUUGUAAUACUGAAGUGGAUUAAACGGUCCAGAUGAAAAAAGUGGCUUUAUAGAAAACAUUUUUUGGUCCUUUCUUAGUAUGUUUAUAUUGCAGCUUGGCUAAAGCUCAUUGAAUUAUUUCCAAUAGCCCAAAGACUGUUUAAAAACUGCUGUCCAUGUGUUUCUUUUCAUCGUUGUUUGAAUGGUCUUUUUUCAAUUCCAUGGACCUUGUUCACUUCUGACAUUUCAUUAAACUGUUAGAGGAAGUUGAGAUUAGUCAGGUCAUUUCAAAUCAACACAGCAAAGUCAUUCAGCUGCAAUAUGAGGGGAGGAGAAAUGCCUACACAUUGAGUUCCAGGCUGGAUACUAAAUGCCACACCAAACAGAGACAUUGUCCCCACUGCCCAGCUGGCUUCAUCUCUUAGAGCAAAAGGAGAUUGUGUUACGAAAUUACCACAGGGCAUUCAAAUUACAGGCCGGUUAUGGGAGGGGAGGCUGUUUUGCACUGAAGCUAGUUUUUUUAUUUAUCUCCUCAGUGAAUAUCUAUUUUUUUGCAUACAGAUGUGUAGUAAGAGCCCAGGUUGGGAUACCAAGUUAGUAUAAGCAAACUCAGAGACAUCCCUUCACCUUGCAGCCUAGGCGUUCAAGGGGUCUGGGCUGGUACAGGGUGACAGAGGCAGUGAAGAUGAUUCUUGCUGAUGCUUUGUGCUGGCUUUGGAGGCUUGGGAUUUGGUGAGCUCAUGUUCACUCUUCUUCUAUAGGAGCGCAACACUCUACCAAGGGAAGGCUGAAUCCCACCUAUCCUGUCUGCAGUCCUUCGGCUUGAGAGGGAGGGUUUGCUUAACUAAAGUCCUCUGUUGUGGAAAUACAGCUGCUAUUUAGGGUGCAGCCAGAUUGACAACAAUGGGCAAAAGAUCAUAUCCUGCCUCUGCGAAAGGUACCAUGAGCAGUUUACUCUUGCUGUGGAAACUGCUGUUGUCUUCCUGAGACUGAGAUUUUUUUCAGCCUUUGAAAUGACUUCACGUUUCUUUAUGGUGCCACCAACUCUAACUAUUUUUACAGUGGUGGUUCAGGUUGAAGUGUUAUCUUGUCUCUGCACUUGAUACGUCAUACACCAAAGAAGUGAGAUGUUAGGGGUAACCUCUGAUAGCCAAACUCCAGCUAGUUGUGAUUUCUUCUCUGAAUAAUUAGUUGUGACAUUGAAGGUGUAACAAAAUUUGCUAUUCUUAAUGCUGGGGGAUGAGGUGGGGUUGCAUUUUUUUUUUAAACCAACCGAAGUCUGGCCUAAAACAGUAUUGGUUUAUGAAAGCAGUGACUUGCAACUGUAUAUACUGUUCCUGCUCCUACUUCAACAGAAGAAAACAAAUUUAGUUAAAGAAAAGCAGAAGAUGACAGUCUUUGCACUCUGAGUGCAGUUGUUUAUACCACAGACGGCACUUAUUUUCUGCAGGCAGACAGCUGACCCAUCAUAGCAAUUGCAAUAAAUGAUGGGCUAGAGCUCCUCCAGACAAAAAUUCCUACCUGAAGGUGCACAGUUUUUCAUUCCUAUCAUGUCUGGUUUUGUAGAUAACUCAGAUGCCCCAAUGAGCCCCUUUCAGACAGGUUUGUUCACCUGAUUUGCACCUUGGUAAUAAAUUGCCAUUUAAUGGCAUCAAAGCAGCAUGUAUGUGACCAGAGGCUCCCACACCUUCCCUGGGAGCUUAUGAGACUGUCCCAGUUCUUUCCACAGUGAAAUCUGCCCUCAAUCCCUGUCCGCACUGGAAUGUCUAUACUUAACCUCCGCGGCCAAACUGCAAGUAAACUUCAACCAUUGGGUAAACUUGUUAAAAACCUGGCUUCUAUGGUUUUAUUGUGAGCACACCGCACCGUUUUCUUUAGCACAUGACUGAGUCUUUUACCUUCAUCCCAUGUGUUUAUAUAGGGAAAAUCAGGCCAUUGGAGGGCAGAAUGUUUUAACGUUGCAUAUGCUUCCCAGAGCACCCUGACUAAAGUGGGUCUCUUAAAAAUUAAUCUGAUAAAGUAAUCUUCUGUGUUGAGUAAGAGAUAGAAACACAUCAAACCCGCUUUAUCCAGUAUGUGAAGUGUCCGGAAAAUAUUCACUGAAAAGUAAGAUUCGUAAGAAAGACAACUACAAAAAGAGAGGCUUUAAAAGUCAUCAAAAUGCACAUAAACAAAAUUUUCUGGCAAGAGUAGCCUAGACCUCUGGCUUACUUGGGACGGCUGCCAUCAAUAGGAAUCUUUUCCUUUGCUUUCAAUGGGCACUGAGUCAGGCCUUGCAGAAAUUGCUCUUGAAAAGAUUUUGGCAGUUAGGGGAAGAUUCCAUCAGAAACAGUGGGCCCAGGCUUUCCACGCAAGAAGCUGGGUAUGCUUCAGCAGCUGUUGUUCAGGUGCAGUUGGACCUGCAUCACCAUUUACAUGCUAUAUUGUUGAGUGUGAUAUAACAGAUUUACCUUUAAAAAAAUUCACUGAAAAGGUGAGUACCAAAGUAAAACAGAGAAUAUGUGGAAAGCACAAUCUGAUUUUUUUUAAUUUUUUUUUUUUUUGUGCAGUGUUAACUCAUACAGGAAAAAACAGAGUACUUUUGAAGUACCCUUAGCUGGCUACUUCAUCCCAGGGUGGAUCUUGCUUUUUCUUUGACUCCCUGGGCAAAAAUUUACGAGCACUCUGGUGUUUCUGUGUAGUUGCAUUGUUGCUCCCCUCUGUACUUGUUCUUUGCCUGUUAGUUAUUUGUCAGCAGCAUUUCUCUGUGGAGUAUUUUAUAGCACUUGAACCACACGGAAAGUAUGCACCAAGCUGAACCCGCUAAAUUUGGUGAAUAAUCCGUUGUGUGUAGAUGCUGUCAUGUAUUUCUGGGGAAGAAAAAACACUAAGGGCACUCUGUCCUCUUCAAAAACACUUGUAAGGAAUGGUCCCAGAGCUUUAAAAGAUCCUCCCUUUUCUAAGUGCUGUGUGAAUUUCCAUGCAGUUCACUACUUUCAUUACUUACUAGAGCCACAAACCUCAAGCUAGCAGACAGCUGGAGAGGAGAUGUGAACUUUUUUGACCAUGUUUAUUUUAAAAUGUUAAGCCGAAGUAUAUAUAAAGUCAUGGAAGACUCAGAACUCAGCUUUCUGCCCCGUGCUUCUCCAUCAGCACCACUACUUGUCCGUUGCAUCGCACUACUUUUUUAGAGCAACUAAUCCAGUUUUGCUUGACCUAACUACCAGCCGUCCCUGUUCUGGCACUCCCAAUGAGUUCUUCUUCAGCAAAUGAAUAAAUAGUUGCAUAGCCCGUCGGGUAUCUCUGCAGAGUCACUGACCUGUGCAAUUCUGAGGAUGCAGAGGCCUAAGCACUCACAUUCUGGUGCUGACCUGUUUAGAGAGGCCACCACUAGGUAUGCCUGACACACAAGGAAUGUAUGUCAGUCUGCUGUUUCUUGAAUACCUGAAGUACACAUUGCACCCUUUUGUCAUGAAGUUUGCCCAUGCUGGUCUGUGAUCAGUUGCAUCAUGCAGCCACCUUGAUAUCCAGUCUACCCAGAGGAUGAGUGUGUGACAGCAGUCAACUUGAUCGCCUGGCACUCGGGAGCAAUAAGAUGUCAUGGUUCUAGCUCUAAGGAUUUUGAUCUCCUGUUAUGUAUUAGCCGUGAUGGCCUGAGUGAGUUCAGGAGGUGUGUUUCCCACUGGCAGUAAAAAGGAGGAAGCAGUCACGGAUGGGCUGGUAUAAUACAGGUAACACCUAGCCGCAGCUGCUCCAGGCUAUAUCCAGUUUCCAGCCAUCCAUACCUGAGGGGGGUGCCCUCCAGCUGGCAAAUACAUCAUCACUGUUAAACUUGGUAUAACACUGUGGACUGCUUUGCUGUUCUUCCUUCAGGAACUUUCAAAGGGGAUAAAAUGAUGCCUUACUGAGCACACUAAAGCUGUAGAAGAAAUAAUAAGGAAACUAAUAAAAAAAUGGCAUGCAGUGGCAAAAGCUACCUCAGGACAUGUGCAGCUCCACCCAGAAACCUAGAGAUGCAGAGACAGAGGAAGGUAUUGUGUCAUUGUUUCCAUCUUCUUACCACUCACAAGAGUAUUAGUAAAGUACUCUCAAACUUCACCAAUCUCUCACUUUGUCCAGAUAUUCAAAAGCAGUCAGACAGAUAUCCCAAAGUGCUAUGCAAUCCCAUGGAGCCAAGUUAGAACGAUAAAGCUCUAAGUGAAUGACCUCAGCACAGGAGAACUGAAUUUCUUCAAAAAUUGUGCAAGUUGGGCAGUCGAACACGUGAAUCCAUCCCACACUGUGCUUGUGUAGUGCUGCAAAAGCCUAUGCAGUCUCUUAACGUUCCAUAUUAGACUAUAAACCUUAUGAGACAAAUGGAGUAUGUUACUUACAAAGCUGUAGGCAAUAUGAUAUGACGAGUCAUUCUUCUUAAUAAAUUAUUUCUAUGCUUUUAAAGGUUUAGGUCCUCAACAAUAUAUAGUUUUGUUUGCUAAUGUUAAAUGAAUCCUUCUUGGAGGAGAUAGAUUCUGUUGCCUGUCUCUCCUGACAACUCUUAAGGCCAACAUAGCAUUAAAUAAACUGAAACAAUCUGAACUUUGUAGACAUUUCCUUCUGUGAAACAACUAUUAUAGAAAUAGCAUUUAAGAGUGUGUCUUUUUUUGCCUUGAAGAGUUUUGGAGUAGUCCUCCUUUUUCAGUUUCAAGAUGACCAAAUAGUUCCAGUAAUUUCUGAUCUCCCUGCCAGCUUAUUAUUAGUGCAACUGGCUACAAACCAGCUGACUGAUGUCAGUCUCAUAAUAAAGAAUGACAGAGCUACAUAAGGGUCCCAUGAGAAACUGAAGAAGGAGGAUCAAACACAAUUGUAAAUCUGUGCAAGAGACUACAAGGUCUCUGGCAAAAGUUUACUGCUUUUUAUAGCACUACUUAUUCAACAGGUUUUCUUUCUUUUCUCUUCCUUUCCUGGGUGUGUGCAUGUUCCAUUGUUCUCUGUUUUGUUGUUUGGUUGUAUGGAUUUUUUUAAUAUGUCAUGUAAUGGAGUACAUGAAUAUUCUUAUUUAAUGUGAGUGCAUAACUCUUUAUUUAAUAUGAUUCAUGAAUAUAUCCCACAAGGUAGAGCAUCCCUAAUUAUUUGCUGUGUUGCCAACUGCAAUCUUAGGUUUGCAUCUUGCAGUUAUGUAAAUGAAUCAUAAUUGUGAGGAAAAGCCAUGUUUUCCAAGGCUGCAGCAGCAAUUUUUUCCAGCUAUUGUGUGCACAGGAAUGUGGCUGCACACACCCAGAGAUCUCCAGGCAUCAGUAAAGCUUAUGGAUCCUGUCAGCUGCAGAACCAGAAAUUGUUACUAUAAAAGCCACCCAUGUCCUUCCCUCAUCUUUCAGUAGGUCUGUUCUCGACUAAGCCUUGUCUGAUUUUGCAACUACAUUAAGAGUGGUGGUGUAGAAUGGUCUUUGCAAAAAAACCCAGACAAUUGCAAGAAGUCUAUCUGGGUUAUUUGAGACAGAACUAAGAUUAUAAUCUGGUUCUCCUGGACUUUUUAGCAGUAGGUUAAAAGAGAUACCAGAUUUAGGUUGCUCUCAUUACUGUAUCUAAUUUUUACUGCCCUGCCAUUCAGGAUAGGUUCUUGGAGGGAGAGUUAUAUCCCCAAGAGUAAGGUUUGUGGAACCCAUCAUUGCUAAAAAAUGAAUUGUGAUUUAACCAGCAAGAAUGCUGUAGAGCCUUAAGGAAAUGCUGUAGGGAAUUAUUCACCUCAGUCUGAGCUGCAGGGACAUGGCAUGUCACUCUUCUCAUUAUAGCCAAGAAAAGCUGUUGCGUUUUCCAUAUUUACAUCUAGUUCAUUCAGGGCUAAAGCUGCACUUAUCUGAGCUGUCCCUGGGAUCCGGUACAACGUACACUGCAAAUCAGUACAUGUCCACAAAGACAUCUGGACUUCUGCAUUCAAAAAAAGUGUUUUGAAGAAAAUUUGAGUCUCAACAACUGUUUUCAUCUCCUUCUCCGCUGCCUGAACUGUAUCUUUAUUGUCAUCUGUGCUACUCUGCUGGUGAUAAAAAGUUUCCAACCUUCAGGCGAUAUGAAUAUGUAAAGCAUUCCAGCAGAUUCAAAUACCAUCUUGCCUCAGUGCAAAUCUACAAAGGUGGUUUUCCAGCACACAUUAGGCAACACCUAACCUUUGAGAAAUUCACUCUAUUUCAGCAGACAAGUACUGUGCUCUGGGGAAAAUUCAAACUUCACUCCUUCAAGCCAGACUAUCAGUUCAAUUAAAUUGCCUUUAGGAUACAAUUUCUUAUUUCCAGAUGGUGUGAAACAGUCAUAUUUGCAGAGGGCAAAAGUUUUACUAGGAAGACACAUAGAGCCUCAUGAUGUCUUUUGUUCAAGGAAACCACCAGUACAUUAAACAGAAAGAAAAAAAAAAAAAAGAAGAAAAGAGGCUUUUCCUAUGCUUUCUUCAUAUUUGUGAUGGCAUCUAAUGGUUAGAGAAGGCCCCAAAUUUUUGAUUGCAGUCUGUUUCUUACUUUUUGCAGUUUCAACAGAUUUGGAUAUGAUAAUUUCAGUCCAAGCUCAGUGCUGCUAUUUCUUUAUUAUUACCCUUUCAUUUAGUUCAUUUACAAGCUGCAAUAAGCAUCGACAUAGACUGGUCAAGAUUUCCCAAAGGCUGAAGUGCCUCUCUUUAGCAGUAAGACCCAGGAAAGAAGAAAGAGGGGAACUGAGAGAAAUCCCCAUGGAGGAUUACUCCAGGGCGCGCCCUGGCAUCAGUGAAUCCCUUCAUGUCUGUAUGGGUAAGGCCAGUACGUGUCAUUCUCUCCACUUUACCUUCCUCCUCACCUCUCCCCAUGGUUUCCUGUGCCUCUAAGAGCUUGCAAACACACUGUGCAAGGACGAUCCACAGGAAAGGUCAUGUAGCAUCAACACAUAAUGUCAUUGCAUUAGGUACUGAAAGAAAGGGAAAACAUGUAUAGAAUAAUGCUCCCUUCCAGCUUCCUGAUCUCUUUCUGUAAUUUAAGAGUCCAGGCCCCAGAGCUAAAUGAUAAUCCAGCUGAAAAUCAUUGUAACCAACUGGAAGGUCACAGAAGUGUAGAAGGUAAAUGCCAAUCUUUAUACAUUGUCAUCCAGUCAGAGAUGAAUUAGACUCUGCCAUCUGCAAGAGGACACUGAUGUCUACAAGGAAUUGGGGCAUUUAUUUUACAUCUGUUUGUAACGACAGAAGCUCCAGCAGCACAGUGGUCGCCUAACUCUGAAUUGGGGCAGUGGUUCAAUACUGACUCAGAGGGAAGCGUGCCAGCAGCACCACUGAAUGUGCAUUACAUAUAAUACAGCAGGAAAUUUGGACAGCAGCUUGUUGUAACACUGUUUUGGAAAUGCAUGAGUCACUGUGUUUCUGGAAUCUGAACCUUUCUCAGCAUGUUUUCGUGCUAGAUACCGUGUCAUGUUGUUUGAGAAAGACUGAAGGACUCUGAUGAGUUAGUUUAUCUGGGAUCUUCAUACUGGAAUACUCUAAUCCAUCUUUGUCGAUCUUUCGUCCUGUUUCCAAAAAACCAGAAUGCAAUCCACUGUUUUCUUCCAUUGUGAAAUAUUAUUUAAAACACUUGUAAUUGAUACUAAUCUCCUCCUUUAUUAGAGCAGUCCACUGAGCCUUUCACCUCAGCUAUUGCACUCACUGACUUCUCUGAUGCUUUCAGAUGAGUCUGCCCCACUUCUUACUCCUUCACUCCUCACAUACAGUACCUGUUCACCCUUCUAUUUCAAAAGGUUUCUUGCAAGACUAAACACUAACAACACUGAUAAAAUCACAUAUGCGCUCCGCAUGCCAGGGGAUGCCUCUGCAUUUCCUUUGCUUCCUUUCUCCUCUUCUCCCGCUGACAGUUGUCUCUGUCUCCAGAGCUGCACCCCUGUCUCUGCAGGCUUAGGAGCCAGGUACCACUCUGAACGGCACGCAUGGCAGAAGGUCCCUCCCUCUAACACGUGUCAUAAUUUGUCUACAAUGCCUUGGCUUUUUUUCUACUUCUUACACUAAAAUCUAGUGCUGAACCGAAUUACGAUUAAAAUAGUUUUAUUUAAUCUGAUAAAUACAGGUAUGCAUGCCUGCGUGCACACACGUGCGCACGCACACACUUUUUUAUGAGACAUUAAAAUACAGGUGUAUUCCAAAUUAUCAAAGUGCAAGAAAAAUCAACAAGAUGAUUGUGCUAGGAACAUGCUGCAGAGGAAAGGGAAGCAUCUUGCAAACAGUCGCAUGUGUUGGAUUGAGCAUUCAAGCAAACAAGUCUCAUCAAAGAUGAGUUAAGAUUAAAGAAGUGCACUUAGGAAGGGUCAGGGCUGAAGACAGCUCUGUGACAGUGUCCAUCCUGAGUCUGAUUCACAAAGUCUUCAAUGUCCAACAGGCUUUUUAGAUAUCGGUGCUUGGGUGUAUUCACAAUGUCUGUGACCCAGCCCUGCAGGCACCUACAGUCAUCCCUGGAGUCACAAGAGUGCUGAGAGCCUACCUCACACAUAAGAGCAAGGGGGAUGCAAAAAAAUGGGAUUCUCCAGUCUUUGUCACAUGCUCAUCCUGGUCAAGCAGGAAUAGCCAGAGCAUGGCUAACCAUUCCUUGAAACACAGCCAGGAAGCAGACAGGUUACGUCCUGCCCACGUACGGCAGUAAGUGCACUCAGCUGGGAGAUGGGAGAUUUGGGAAGCUGAGUUCCCCCUUUUUUCCACAACACAUGCGGAGCAGACUUACAGCAAAAGCUACAAUCUCUCUGAGGUCUUCCUCGUCACCAGCCUUGCAGAACCAUUCCUCUCACUUGUCUUUAGAUGUGAUAAAAUCAAGCAGGUUCUCUACCAGAUGGAGUUGAUGUCUGAUUUUUAAACAGGUGUGGGUUUUUUUUUUCAUUUUAUAAAACUAGUUCAUUUUUUAAAAAACAAGCAUAGUGCAAACGACUUGAUAGAAAACAAACCAUACUGUGGACAUGUUUAGCAGAUGUAAUAUUAAAAUUGCAUUGCAUCACACACGUCACUUUUUAACAGGGUUGAACACAUGUAACAGACCUGCCUUUACCUGCCUGUACCAUGUCCCCUCCCACUUCUGCUUAUAGCUUUCCUCUUAGCUUUUAUUCUAGAAGCAGAGAAACACAGUGGUGAAAUGCCACUCAGAAUUUAUGUCACCUGUAUUGAUUCAUAGUUAAAACAUUUUUUUAAGACUGCAGGUAACUGGGCAAUAAAAACCAUUUAUUAGCUACCCAGAGCUAACCUGGGUAGCUCUGCCAACCUGCCAUGGCUGCUCCAAUAUAAGUUAAUUUAUCACACGCUUCAUGAGUUCUUAAGCAAAACAAACUCGGGUUCAUGAUAAAUGACUGCAGCACAUAUGCUCUGCCAGCUGCUGAGUCUGGGAUGGGAUACUCCCCAGUUUCCUAUUUUUAGCAACUGCAUGGCCUUUAAUGCCCCUUAAUUGCUUUAGUCGUACAAGGUACGUACACAGUGAGCAGAUUUUGCCCAAUUGAUUUGUGCAAGGAUUCUAUGGUGAGGCUGCUCUGCUCUUGCGUUUGUUUCCAGAAAACCAAUACUGCACAAGACAGCUGCCAUGCUGGAUUUUUAUACUUCCAUCAUUUGUGUGUGUUCUGUAAGAUGCUGUUUGUAGAAGGAACCAUCCCAGCUGUUUAUUGCUGAUAUUGAUGCACUGGUACCUUAAUGGAUGGUUUUCCGUCUGAAAUCUAGCACCUGUGCUCAUCCUAAGUGUGGCUGAGCAAAAACUCCUAUCCAAGCCUAAUAAUAGAUUAUUAUUUAUGAAUUUUAUAAUAACAAUAAUAAUAAUAGCAUUAGACAAAGGAACAAACUAAAUCUGUACCCUGAAUCUAUAGCCAUGACAGUAGUAUCUGAGUCGCAUGUCAUUUCUGUGAUGUUUAUCUUCACACUGCCUACCUGCAGUACCGCAGUGCGGUCUUCUCCACCUGGCAGAAGGGAACGAGCAGGGCACAAGGCGUGCUCAUGUUAGCUCAUGGCUUGCAUUCCCAUUCAGGCCCGGGCUCCUUGGAAGCCCAUACCACCUGUUUGUUGACUCACACUCUGACGUAAGCCCAUAUGUGUGCACCAGGAAAGGAAACUCAACAGCACUGCAAAUGCCUUUUGUGCCUGAAAACAAACCCGUCCCUCCCAGACACCACCACUUAACCCUAUGGCAUUGCACAUGCAAGUCCUCACUCCUUUGACGUGACUAAAAAAACACAGACCUAGCUGGAGGGAUGUAGCUAUUCAACCAGGGCUCCCUGAAAAUCUGGAAACCUUAACAACUACGCUCUUCUUCCUCACUUAUGGCUAAUACAAAGCAUAGCAAAGAUCAGCAUUAUGUUAUCCACCAGUCUUGUAUUGGGAGGGUGAUAGUUUGGGGGCACCAUCCCAAGUUUUCUUUUUUUCACAACAUCUGUAGGUAUGAAUUUCUUCAGUAUGUUUGUGUUCUCUUCUGAACGCUUUCAAAGGCUGAAAAGUUAAAAUAACAUAGAGUGGUUUAGUGCAGCGCACCACACAUUGUUUCUAUCAUGUGAGAAUUGCUUAACUGCGGUGCACUUCAGCAGCACAAUUUAUUACAAACCUUGGAAGUCAUUUCAGGAGCCCAAGGACCUCAUGGACCUUGGACCAAGUUUCAGCAAACUGCUCAGAUGUGCGCUCACUAGGCAGAUGUCUGGAAACAUGUGUUCUUACACAUUUAUCUGCUAAUGCAAACGUCCCAGUGCAAGCAUUAACACUCAAGAGCAUUAUGUGGAUUUUAAACAAUCCCUGGAAGAGUUGGGUCCCAUAAAAGUUAUUCUGACAGAUAUAAUCCUUCUCCUCUCCUCUGCCAAGUGCUUGCUCUGACUACAGGAGCCAGAGCACAUCAAGCGAGACUCCUGCCUGCUUCCACUGCUUCUGGUGCUCCAGACACUACAACAUCCCUGCCCAGUGCUGACUUCACUCUUAUUUUUAUUGUUAAUAUUCUACUUGGGAAAGAAGCAGUAAUGUGGAAGGGAAAGAUAAAAGAGGAGAUAAGAGGAUAUUUUUAUGCUUUCAUCCAUACAGAUGACUCAUAUGGGACAGGUUUAUUCCUCGUCUCUCUCUUGGGAUUAAUGCCUCAAGGAAAACAGCAGCAAAAUUAAGGCUCUUUUUGCUUUUGCUGCUGUGGAAAAUAAUACUUUCUUUCUUUCACCCUGCUCUGUGAGGUGUUUGAGGCAAUGGCUGUGACUGUGUGCCGCACAUAGCACAAUUGGCUUCAAUCUUACUGGGGCCUCUCAGUAUUAGUGUAAUAAAAGUAAAUACCAAGUGGUCAGGGCUUAAUUAUAAUCUGGACGUUCUGUACUAUGGCAAUAGAUUACAGGAGCCACUGAAUUGUACCUUAAGGCGCUGAAUCUCCUGUUGGCAUGAGGGUCAAUCCAUGUAAAGGGACAAGACAGCAAAGUGAUAUCCCACAUUUCCUGCUCAGCUGUAGGAUGCAAACUAAGAGGAAGUGAUUUCAGUAACUGAACGCUCUGUAUGUUGGAGCAGCUCCAGCUGUGGCUUCUCAUGUUCAACUCUGAUGACUAUUUCAAGGAAUCAAGUACUAUUUUAUAGAAGAUGGAGAGACAAAAGCUUUCAUUAGAUAGACAAUGAUUGUAUUAAGACCCAAAUACUCACAUAAUACUUUGAAGAGAAAUUCUAAAUAAUUAAUGCUGCAAUUAUCUGUUGAUUUAUUCUCCUCCACCCUUAAUUUUGUUUUGAGCAGGAACUGACCCUGAUCAUGCUCUGUGAAGAAUAAUUCAGAGAUGCAAGACAUAAAUGUGCUCCACAAUCAAUACUGACGUGGGUUUCAUUUUGCCUUACUUGAUUCUGCCAGCUUGAGGGUUUUGGUGACAUUUUGCCUAUUGUUAUUUCACUUUCAAAGCCCCCUCAUAAUUUAUUUUUGUAGUUGCAAUUAUUUGUAUGCUAGGCUAUUGUAACUACAUUAUGUCAGUGCAGGGAGAUGUGUCCAAGGUUGAAUUUUAUCCAAUGUAUUUAUAAUGUCUUAAGAAAACAACAACGACAAAGUGAUGUGAACUUGUGAAUAAAUUCCUUUGGGUUUGUGGCACUGGAAAAAAAAACAACCGAAUUUGUGGAGCUCAAACAAAAGCAACAUUGACAACAGUAAGCUCAGCCUUAGCUUCAGAGUGUAGUUAUGGAUGAAUAUGAUUUACGAGUGUUAAAGUAACAUCUGGAGACUCAACUCACUGUUUUAGGAAAUGUACAUGGUAAGGGACCAUUGCUGUUCUGAAGACUUUUGAACAUAAAUGAUCAGAACAUGUGGAACUGAAGGGACAGCAGUCAGGCAGUUCAUCUACCUAGCAGGAGCAUAAGAAUUGGGUGUCGUGGUUUUGGCCAGAUUGGCCAAUCAGAAUGACAGAUGGCCCUCCCCCCCCUCUCCUCAGAGAGGAGAGGAAGAGAUAAGCAGAUUUACGAGUUUAGAAAAAGAACUAAACUACUUUAAUGAAAAUAAUAAUAAAUAAGAAAAUAGUAAAUAAUAAUAGAAUAAUAAAAAUUAAAGAAAAAAGUAUACAAUAUAUACAAAACCAUAUCCAGCUCCCAGGAUGACGAUCGAAUCACCAGCAGGCACCGGGAAAGUCCCAGACUGGAGUCAGCGACGGACAGGAGCUGAAUUCCAGAUCUGGAGCCAGGAGUGCUCGGAUUGGGAUUAAAGGCAAGAUGAACAGACAGGGUCCUCCUCAGACAUCAGCCAUUGAAGAGAGACUUGACCUUUUGAUCCCUCAGCUUUUAUACUAAGCGUGAUGCAUACGGGGUGGAAUACCCUGUUAGUCAGUUUUAGGUCACCUGUCCUGUCCGCUCCUCCCUACAGGUGUGACCCCUCUACGCUUCUCCGCUUCCGACCCUCUAAUGGGACAAAUAACGAAGUGAGCUGACCUUGGUUAUUAUAGCAACAAGUCUAAGCAAGAGCCUCUGUGCAUACCAUUCCUUGGUAUAAUCAGGUCUUAUCACUCUGAGAGUGAACAGUUUCUGAACAAUAUGCUGUUAAUUUCAGAGAUUAGUCAGUUAGAAGAGGCCCGGCUAAAAAGCAGAAUUACGAAUCAGAAAAUGGGCUCUGUUUUACCUCAAACCAGGACAUUGGGCCAGGAAAAAACCCUCAGAUCUAGUUCUCUCUGGGCAUCUCUGCUGCUGUCUGCUCCUGUGCUGUAGUUCUAACAGUGCUUCUACUGGUAUCCAGGCCAUCCUGAACUGGAACACAACUGGGAGCUGCUGCCUUGCAAUGGUUUCAGUGCAGAUUGCUUAAAGCACAGAGUGUCAGGGGUGGGGGUGCUGCAAGGGCAAGCAGCAGGAGCAGACAUCUCAGCUGCUGCGCUCUGGAUGGAUCAGCCAGUGAAGCACGUGGAGGUGAACCUGGGAGGUGAACCUGGGAGAGGAUGUGGAUAUCCAAACGUAUACAGAACCAGGCGUGGGAGGCCGAGUUGCUGCGUUAGGUGAGUGAUGUGUGAAAACUGGGCGCCUUUGGUACCUCAUUGGCAAACACUUCACUCUGCAACUGGUUUACCCUGUUGAAGUUCAUCUCUUGAGAUUCCCACUGCUGCCAGAGUUACCUCUGUUUUGCUAGCUGGCUUGACUGGAAAGCAUGACCAAGGGAAGAAGAGAAAGAGGAAAUCAGAAGCCAGAGGGAGGACACAAAUCCUGCAGCCCCUAAAUCACUCCAAGUUGCAGUAAUCAUAAGACUUUUUUAAUAGAAGUUUCACUCAGUCAUGAACAUUUUGUGAGUGCCCUUGAGACAUUCUUUCAGAAUCUAUUAUUGCUUCAGAGCAAUAUCCGUAAUUGAAACAAAUAAUAAAAUCCAAUAAAGUGCAAACUGGGACAGUUUCUUAGCCUUAAGGCCAACUGGUAGAGCACGGCUGAUGGCCACACAGCUGCAUUUUCUUCCUGUCAAAAUAGCAUGGCUGCAUGCAAAAUUGCCAUGGGGAAUGCUCCCUGGCCUGUGCUAGUUAGUGCUGAACAACACCAUUUGUGAGCUGACACAUAAGUAGUACGAACGAUCACGUGCAGUACCUGUUUUGUGCAUGCUGGGCCCACUUAAUUAACUUGUGUAGAGGUAGCCUGAAGUGUCUUCUAGAAUAUACUGUAUGAUACAUGCUAUUAAAUAUAUAUAGACAAACUUGAGUUUUAAUGCAUUUUCAUUCAUUACAUGGACAUGAAUAUUAAAUUUAUGUUAUUAUGCUGUCUGGUGAUGUCUGCUUGAUUGUUUAUUUCUGUGACUUAUCUUUAGAAAUAACCCAUCUUUUCUACUAGAACAGG